GUGGACAACCGGCCAAUAUCGACUGAUUCUGCCCGGUACUGAGCCCAGGCUUGGCGGAGCCCAGGAGACCUCUGGGAAUGCUCGCCAGCCUGGAGUGCGCAGGCGCAGGCGCAGGCGCAGGCUUUCCGGCUCGCCAUCGUCGUCUUUGUCUGCUGAAAAGGCCUGGGAAAUUUAUAAGUAAAUAAAGACACAACAGGAAAGACUUGUGGGUUAAGUCUCAUCCUUCUCCGUGAAAACACAGCUAAAGAAAAACUCAGAAAACCUAGGUAGCAGAAAAGUAUUUCCUCUGAGCACAGACAUUGAUUCUUUAAGACUACUCCUCUGUGUAUGGGACUCAGUUUAAACGAGUUUGGAACAUUUAAUUUACACUUAAAUAUGAGAGAAGCUGUCUAAAAAAGAACCAUUAAGAAUAUAAUGAGGAUGCUAUAUUUCAUCCCAAUUUGUAAUCAGCUAAUCACAGGAUAACCAAUGUGAAAAGUCUUUCAUCAUAUAUUCAACUUUGAUAGAUAGCUGAAAAUUACUAUUGGAGAGAAACCAUAUGAAUUUACUGAAUGUGGAAAAGCUUUCAUCCAUGUCACAUGUCAAGAGAUACUAAGGAAUUCUUGUUGGAGAAGGUAUCUGUGCAUGAUAAGAAUGUUGGAAAGCCUUCAGCCUGAAUCAGAUCUCCUUCAGCAUGAUCAAAUUCAUGCUGGAGAGAAACCUUAUGAAUGUAAUGAAUGUGGAAAAACAUUUAGCCUGAAGCAAAACCUCAUAGAGCAUAAGAAAAUGCAUACUGGAGAGAAAUCACAUGAAUGUAAUGAAUGUGGUAAAGAAUUCUCUCGAGUCUCAUCCCUUACUCUACAUUUGAGAAGUCAUACAGGAAAGAAACCAUAUAAAUGUAAUAAAUGUGGAAAAGCCUUCAGCCAGAAGGGAAACUUACUUACUCAUCAAAAACAUCAUACUGGAGAGAAAACUUAUGAAUGUGGGAAAGCUUCUAUUCAGAUGCCAAGCCUUAUUAAACACCAGAGAAAUCAUAUUGGAAACAAACCCUAUGUAUGUAAGGAAUGUGGCAAAGCCUUCAAUGGCAAAUCAUAUCUCUCUGAGCAUGAGAAAAUUCAUACAGGAGAGAAACCAUUUGAAUGUAAUCAAUGUGGAAGAGCUUUCAGCCAGAAGCAAUACCUUGUUAAACAUCAGAAUAUCCAUAGUGGAAAGAAACCCUUUAAAUGUAAUGAGUGUGGAAAAGCCUUUAGCCAGAAGGAAAACCUCAUUAUCCAUCAAAGAAUUCAUACUGGCGAGAAACCUUAUGAAUGUAAAGGGUGUGGGAAAGCUUUCAUUCAGAAGUCAAGCCUCAUAAGACACCAGAGAAGUCAUACAGGAGAGAAACCUUAUAUAUGUAAGGAAUGUGGAAAAGCCUUCAGUGGGAAAUCAAACCUCACUGAGCAUGAGAAAAUUCAUAUUGGAGAGAAACCCUAUAAAUGUAAUGAAUGUGGAACAAUCUUUAGGCAGAAGCAGUACCUCAUUAAACAUCACAAUAUUCACACAGGAGAGAAACCCUAUGAAUGUAAUAAAUGUGGAAAAGCCUUCUCUCGAAUCACAUCUCUCAUUGUACAUGUGAGAAUUCACACAGGUGAUAAGCCUUAUGAAUGUAAAAUAUGUGGGAAAGCCUUCUGUCAAAGCUCAUCUCUUACUGUGCAUAUGAGAAGCCAUACAGGUGAGAAGCCCUAUGGCUGUAAUGAAUGUGGGAAAGCCUUCUCUCAGUUCUCAACUCUUGCUCUGCAUAUGAGAAUCCACACUGGAGAAAAACCUUAUCAGUGUAAUGAAUGUGGGAAAGCUUUUAGCCAGAAGUCACAUCAUAUUAGACACCAGAGAAUUCAUACUCAUGCUCUGAGAGGAAUCCGGGAGGCCGGCGGCCAUCUUGCUCACCGCAGGGACGUCUCUGACUACACUUCCCAGAGGACUUCUCGGCAAGAACGUUAUUCUCGCGCGAAUUCAGCCUCAAAGUCACGCGCUGGCGGGACCCUCAGGUCUGCACAGACGACUGUUACAGUCCUUUGGAAGGUUCUGCUGCUUUGGAAGCUUGGAAGACCUGAAGUGGGGAACCAGAGGAGAGGGCGGGACCGGAGCCUCGGCUUUGUACCGCUGAGGGGCUCUGCCUUUUUCCAGAAGAGGAGCCCAGAGGAAGACUGGUCCUUUUCUGCAAAUAUCAAAGCCAUGGCUCAGGAGUCAGUGAUGUUUAGUGAUGUGUCCAUAGACUUCUCUCAGGAGGAGUGGGAGUACCUGAAUGAUGCUCAGAGAGAUUUAUACAGAGAGGUGAUGUUGGAGAAUUACAGCAACCUGGUUUCAAUGGCAGGACGUUCUAUUUCUAAACCAGAUGUGAUCUCCUUCUUGGAGCAAGGGAAGGAACCCUGGUUGGUUGACAGAGAACUAACAAGAGACCAGUGGCCAGUCCUGGAGUCAAGAUGUGAGACCAAGAAAUUAUUUCUGAAGAAGGAAAUUUAUGAAAUAGAGUCAGCCCAGUGGGAGAUAAUGGAAAGACUUACAAGACAUGACCUUCAGUGCUCUAGUUUCAGAGAUGAUUGGGAAUGUAAUGGCCAGUUUGAGAAACAACAUGGCUCUCAGGAGGGACAUUUCAGUCAACUGAUAUUCACCCAUGAAGGCAUGCCCACUUUUAGUCAACAUCCAUCCUUUACAUUACAGCAAAUCAUUAGUAAUAAAGAGAAAUACUGUGCAACUAAGGAAUAUAGGAAAACCUUUAGACAUGACUCACAGCUUACCACCCAUCAGAUAAUUCAUACUGUUGAGAAACCCUAUGAAUGUAAGGAAUGUGGAAAGGCCUUUAGACAUCCCUCAAGACUCAGUCAUCAUCAGAAAAUUCAUACUGGCAAGAAACCCUUUGAAUGUAAGGAAUGUGGAAAAACCUUUAUUUGUGGCUCAGACCUUACUCGACAUCACCGAAUUCACACUGGUGAGAAACCCUAUGAAUGUAAGGAAUGUGGAAAGGCCUUUAGUAGUGGCUCCAACUUCACUCGACAUCAGAGAAUUCACACUGGUGAAAAGCCCUAUGAAUGUAAAGAAUGUGGGAAGGCCUUUAGUAGUGGCUCAAACUUUACUCAACAUCAGAGAAUUCAUACAGGGGAGAAACCCUAUGAAUGUAAGGAAUGUGGCAAUGCCUUUAGUCAGAGUUCACAACUUAUUAAACAUCAGAGAAUUCACACAGGUGAGAAACCCUAUGAAUGUAAGGAAUGUGAAAAGGCUUUUCGUUCUGGUUCAGACCUUACUCGACAUCAGAGAAUUCAUACUGGUGAGAAGCCCUAUGAAUGUAAGAUAUGUGGGAAAGCCUAUUCUCAGAGUUCACAACUUAUUAGUCAUCAUAGAAUUCAUACUAGUGAGAAACCCUAUGAAUAUAGGGAAUGUGGGAAGACCUUUAAUUAUGACUCACAGCUGAUUCAACAUCAAAAUUUGUACUGGGAGGAACUUUCUCCUGGAAAGAAAUUUGGGCUGUCUACUUUGAGAGUUCUCGCAGACAAAGCUUCACAAGCCCCUUCAGAUCUUCCGUCAUGGACAACUUGCACUCCUCUCCCAUUGGUUACUUCAGAUGUCCAAUUACUUUGCUUGGCUUCCUUCUUCACAGAUGCACAGAUUCACCAUGCAGAAACCAUGGCCCAUGGAUCAGUGAUGUUCAGUGAUGUGUCCAUAGAUUUCUCUCAGGAGGAGUGGGACUACCUGGACUUGGAACAGAGGGAUUUGUAUAGAGAUGUAAUGUUGGAGAACUACAGCAACUUGGUCUCAUUGGGAUGCUUCGUUUCUAAACCAGAUGUGAUUUCCUUAUUGGAGCAAGGAAAAGAGCCCUGGAAAGUAGUGAGGAAAGGAAGAAGACGAUAUCCAGAUUUGGAGACCAACUAUGAGACCAAGAAGUUAUCUUCAGAAAAUGACAUUCAUGAAAUAAACUUAUCCCAGUGGAAAAUAAUGGAGAGAAUUAAAAACCAUGGCCUUAAGAGACUCAUUUUAAAAAAUGAUUGGGAGUCCAAAAGAAAAUUUGAAGGACAAGAGGAAUAUUUCAAUCAAGUGAAAAUUACAUCUCAAAAAGUGUCCUCUUACCAAAAACACUCAUCUUUUUCUUCACAUCAGAGAAUUCAUUUUGUGGAGAAACCCUAUGAAUGUAAGGAAUGUGGGAAGGCCUUUAGAGUACGCCAACAACUUACUUUUCAUCACAGAAUUCAUACUGGUGAGAAACCUUAUGAAUGUAAGGAGUGUGGGAUGGCUUUUAGACAGACUGCACAUCUUACCCGACAUCAGAGACUUCAUUCUGGUGAAAAACUCUAUGAAUGUAAGGAAUGUGGAGAAUCUUUCAUAUGUGGCCCAGACCUUAGAGUACAUCAAAAAAUUCAUAUUGGUGAGAAACCCUAUGAAUGCAAAGAAUGUGGGAAAGCCUUCAGAGUUCGUGGACAACUUACUCUCCAUCAGAGGAUUCAUACUGGUGAGAAACCCUAUGUAUGUACAGAAUGUGGGAAGGCCUUUAGACAGUAUGCACACCUUACUCGACAUCAGAAGCUUAAUAUUGCUGACAAACUCUAUGAAUGUAAAGAAUGUGGGAAGGCCUUUUUGUGUGGCUCUGGCCUUAGAGUACAUCACAAACUUCAUACUGGUGAGAAACCCUAUGAAUGUAAAGAAUGUGGGAAGGCCUUUAGAGUACGACAGCAACUGACACUCCACCAGAGAAUUCAUACUGGUGAGAAACCCUAUGAAUGUAAGGAAUGUGGAAAGACUUUUAGUCGUGGUUAUCAUCUUAUUCUACAUCACAGAAUUCAUACUGGUGAGAAACCUUAUGAAUGUAAGGAAUGCUGGAAGGCCUUUAGUCGUUACUCACAACUUAUUUCACACCAGAGUAUUCAUAUUGGUGUUAAACCCUAUGACUGUAAGGAAUGCGGGAAGGCCUUUAGACUACUCUCACAACUUACACAACAUCAGAGUAUUCACAUUGGUGAGAAACCGUAUAAAUGUAAGGAAUGCGGGAAGGCCUUUAGAUUGCGCCAAAAACUUACUCUACAUCAGAGCAUUCAUACUGGUGAAAAACCCUUUGAAUGUAAGGAAUGUAGGAAGGCCUUUAGGCUUAAUUCAUCUCUUAUUCAGCAUCUGAGAAUUCAUUCUGGUGAGAAACCCUAUGAAUGUAAGGAAUGUAAGAAGGCCUUUAGACAACAUUCACACCUUACCCAUCAUCUGAAAAUUCAUAAUGUAAAAAUAUAAGAAAGCCUUUUUAGUCUAUGAAUGUAGUAAUUAGUUCCUUUUGCUUCCUCCAUGCACCUGACUUGGCAUAACGGGGUUUAAAUCAUUAAAAGAAUGUGUUAAUUUAAUAUAUUCCACCAUCACUCAGACCUGAGAAUCUUCACAUUCAUUCUAGAAACUAAUCCUAUUAAUACAACAAAUGUGGGAAAGACACAUCAUCAUUUCUAGCCCAUCACUUUCCUACCUGUGUUAUAUUGAACAAGAUGUUUAACUGCUAGAUGCUAUAAUUUCUUCAUUUAUAAAAUUAUAAUACUGUAGCAGAAUAAAGAUUACUGCCGAUUCUUUGGUACUCCACCCAUCAAGACGUGGAAUCCACAUCCCUUCCCUUUGAAUCUGGGCAGGCUGUGACUACUUUGACCAGUAGAAUAGCAGAAGUACUGCUGUGCUAGUUUCUGGACCCAGACUUUACUGGUAGAUUUUGCCUCAUCUCUUGGAAUACCCUCUCAAGUUCAGACCUGAACUGUUAUGUUAAAAAGUCUGGCUACUCUGCUGAACAGACCACAUGGAAAGGCCCUGAGACUACAUAGAGAAGGAGAGGCACUCUGCUGUGCCCAGUCUUCCAGAUUGCCCAUGAAAACAUCAGACAUUUGAGUGAAAUAGUUUUGGAUCCUCCAAACCAGCCAUCAGCUGAAUGCCAGUGAAUAACCUCAGUUGAUGCCAUGUAGAACAGAAAAAUCCACCAACUGAGCCCCUGUCCAAAUUCCUGACCCACGAAAUCAUGAGAUAUAAUUAAAUGGUUGUUGUUUUAAGCUACUAAAUAUUGUUUUAUUAUUAUCAUCAUUAAUAUUACUCUCUUGAAAAUCCGUAUGAAAGACUAUGGGCACAGUGAAUAUAGAAAUGCCUUCCACCAACACUCAUCCAUUAUUGAAUGUCAGAUAACUUAUUCUUGUUAAAAUAGUGAAAGUGAGAAAUCCUUUUUCAAUUUUUUCAUAAAAAAGAAGAUAUUCUACAAUCUAUACUCUCUGGCCUCAGUAUAAAUUUGAUUUAAAAUUAACAGAGGAUGAAUGGACCUAGAGAUUGUCAUACUAAGUGAAGUAAGUCAGACAGAGUAAGACAAAUAUUGUAUCACUUGUUUGUGGAAACUAAAAAUAGUACAAAUGAACUUAUUUACAAAACAGAAACAGACUCACAGACAUAGAAAACAAACAUGGUUAUCAAAGGGGAAGUGGGGGGAUAAAUUAAAUUAGGAGUAUGGUAUUAACAGAUAACAUACUACCAUAUAUAACAUAGGUAAA